UUGGGGACAGGAAGAGGCACUGAAAAGAGGGAAGGGGUUUAAAGAAGAGUGCAAAAAUAGUAAACAGAGUGAGUGUGUGUAUGUGUGUGUGUAAGAAAGAGAGAGAGAGAGGGAGGUUUGUGCAGGGAAACGGAGCUUUCCGUCUGGAAAACAGCAUCUUUCCCUCCACUCUGCUCCUCCCCUCUUCCCUCUCGGCAUCUCUCCCACGCUUCAGAGCUCAGCCUUCAGCUCCCCGGACCCUCCCGAGUUCUCCCGAGCUACAGGGGGCUAUGGAUGGACUGCGUUUACCUCCACUCAUCGAGGAGGCUUUGGACUCUACAGAUGACCCGUGCGAUCUGAAAGCAGAGAGCAGCCCCACCAUGGACAACGAGAUAACAGCCAAGGAGAGAGGCGUCCUGGAGGAGAACAACGAGAAGGAGGAGAUGGACCGGGAGAGAGCUCAGGAGGAGGAGGGGGAAGAGAAGAAGCUCAAGGAGGAGGAAGGCGAAGGGGAAGAGAAGAGGAGGAAGGAGCAGGAGCCGCUCACAGAGGAGCAGGAGCUAGAGGAGCUGAGGGCCCAGGUGCUGCAGCUGCUGCUGGAGCUGGAGGACGCCAGGGAGACCUCCAACAAACACCAGGAGAGCUUCCACGAACUGCAAGGUCUGUUGGAGGAUGAGCGUCUGGCCAGCGCCCAUCAGGCAGAAGCCUUCACACGCCAAAUCCAGAAUCUUCAAGCCCAGCUGCGCUCUGUGCAGGAGGAGAUGGACAGCCUGGAGGAGGAGAAGGAGAGUGAGCUGGCUGAGGCCCAGGAGGAGCUGCGUGCAGCUCAGGAGGAGGUGCUCCUUCUCCAGCAGGCAGCAGAGGAGGCGGCAGCCGAGAGGGAGAACGACAUCGCCUCGUUGCAGGAGGAGCUGUGUCGCCGACGGGCUGAACUGCAGCGCCUCAGUGAGGAGACCCAGGAGUACGAGCUGGAGAUCACCACACUGAGGGCUGAGAUCAGCAUGAAGAGUCAGCGCAGGGAGGCCGAGAGGAGAGAGGGUGACGUGGACCUGCUGAAGGAGGAGUGCCGUAUGCUGAGGGAGGAGUGUCAGACCCUGAAGGAGGACAACAGACGUCUCACUGAGAGGCUGCAGCUGCUGCAGAGACAGAGGACAUGCUCCAGUGUGUACCUCUCACUGAAAGAGGAGGAUGCAGGAGAGGGCACCGAGGGGAAGGAGAUGGAAACUGGCCCAGAUGAGGUUAUGACCGAGAGCUACAUGACCAUGGCCCAGUCUGAGAACUGUCGCCUGGUGGACGCCUCCAUCCAGAAGAAUAUUUCAUUUGAUGGGAAGCCCGUGACACCGACCAGCUGGAAUGGAGGCGUCGGGGAGAUCUUCUCCCUGAGAGACCAGCUGAAACAGGCCGAGGAGAAGGCCUCGCAGGUGCAGAGAGAGUGUGACGGUCUGAAGAUGGAGCUGCAGGAGCUUCAGGUACUGUAUGACAGCAGUCAGAGGGAAAGAGCAGAGCUGGAGGAGGAGCUGCAGCGCUGCAAGGCAGAGCUGGAGAAGCUGUCAGGGGGGGCUCAGAGAUUCAUCCAUCCGUCUGAGCACCCUGUUCUCUCCAUCCCCUUCAUAGGAAUGAUUGUAAUAGUGGCUGUGGUCUGGUGCUGGUUGUCGGAGCUGGCGUCCCAGAGAGCAAGGGGAGUGAGGUAGGUUGGAACUCCAUUUUGACUAUCACUGCAGCCACAGCAGUGCUACUAAUGAUGACUAGCUUGUUGAGAGCUAUUGUCCGAUGUUGACUGGAUGGGCAACAACUGCACAGGGACAAGACGUCUGCUUUAGGCCAGCCCUCGUCGUCUCCUGCUAUGUCUAUAGACUGACCUGGAAUUCUCUAAAUGUGAUAGAGCUGACAGCUUUGUAGUAGAAAAAAGUAUGAGAAAUUUUAUCUGUAAUGAGAAGGUACAACAUGCACACGCAGACUGAGAACAAAGCUCUCAGUCUCAUUUUAUUGGUGUUCAUGAGAAGAUCGCUAUGACGAUGACCUGCAGAGAGCCACAUGAGGACUGAUCUCACUAACUGUAUGCUAGUACUGUCUUUUCUCCUCUGUGUCUGUGAUUUUUUUUCUAUCCUUUAGCUAAACAAUGUGAUAAAAUGAAGAUUUUUAUUAUUAAUGUGCACCAAUUUUUUUCAAUUUAUUUAACAAAUGUUUAUUUAUUUGUUUGUUCAAAUAUUGUUUAUAGUUGUCUCUGAUAAUAACAACGAACCUGGAGUCCAAAAAUUCAAUACACUGAAAAUCCUGAAAUGUACAUAAUAUGUCCUUAAACAUUAAGAGAAAGAGUAGUGUCAAUUUUUUGUUAAUGAGUAGUUAACUAUCAAUGACUUCCCCAAAAAUUCUAAAUGCAAUAAAUUCACAGUACUGCAAAGGUGUAGGCCUAUUAGAAAUUACAAAAUGAAUCGACAUCAGUCUACCAUAUAUACUAUUCUAUUGCUGUUAUUCUGUCCUUUCCAAUACUAGAUAUCAGUUCUUUCCAUUGCAACAGUGUGCUAUUACAAGGAGAACAGGUAUGGCAAACAAAGCACCUGUCAGUAUGUAUAAAGCUGAUGUUUAACCCGACGUCACCCCAGGUGGGUGGAGACCGCACAUCUUCACAGAGUUUUUCAGUUAUGUGCUUUGCUCCAAGCUCUGUCUGUCUGCCUGCUCAAGCAUUGUCUUGUGUCUGACUCUGAAAUCAGACAACUCCCACGUCCCCCUUUAAUUAUCAGUUAACCAAGAUGCCAGUCAGUGCAGUAUUUCUGAUUCAUCUUGCCUUCUCACAGUUCACUCUGAAAGUUUGAACACUAAAUCUGAACCCACAGCUGCACUGUUGUUGUUUGUUAUGCGCUAGUAAAAGUAUUCCAGCAACUCUGGGGGCAAAUUCUGGUAUUAUUGAGCUAUAUUAUAAUGCUUUCGAUGUGGAGAAAUAAACUUUUUUUUUCCUCUCUUCAGCAGGAUUUAAAUGACUUGGUUUUUCCAAGUGUGUUGUUCUUAAGAUUUAUUGUGAUUGCAAGUUUUUUUUAAAAGGUACACAGUGUGAUAAUGUUGACUGUCAGCAUUCUCGUUUACUGACGACACACUUUAUGAGAAAAACUGCAGAUAGGACCAACACUGGUCGGCAUGUAGUCACACCUAGAUUAAACCGCUGAAGUGAACAAUCACAGUUAGUUGUUUGUGAAGCCAUUUAGACAUUGAAAUGGUUCCAAAAUAUGUAAAUAAGCAUCAGUUACAAAAUAUAUAUGUAUAUGUGGAAGGACUCUUUAUUAUUGUUUACAUUUGUGAAACUUUUUUUGGGUGAAAACCUUUUAGAAAUGAAAAAAGCAUGCUAUAAAACAUAGAAGCACAAUAUAUAAUUUAUGUUGGUUAUGUUGAUUAUGUUACUUUGUAUUUCAUGUAAAUAGAUGUGACAUAUAGUACUAUGGGAGAGAUAUUUCUUAAAUCCAUUUGUACUAGCUUUGUAGAAAGUUUAUUCUAUUUUGAAAGAGCAUCGUAUAUUUGAUAGCCAAAUUAUAUGCUAUAUAAAUGUUUAUUUAUGGUGACGUUACUCAGAAGACCUACUUGCAUUGCUAAUCAUUUUCAGUACCUCUGUGUUCAAAGGUGGUGUAGUCAUUGCAUGCAUUUAGAUUGCAUUUGACCUUAGUUGCCAGAAACAGCAAGUACGACUCCUGGUUUUUCCAGUCCAUUAACUUUCAGAAAUGUAUAGAAAUCAUUUCUGAAACAUUUGUCAUUAAACAGAACCUUGAUAAGCAAUGCCUGACCAAUUUCUGCAUAUGAACAUACGCUGAGGAAAUAAUGUGCCACUGGACUGCAAAAGGUUGUCACUGUCUUUUUAAAUUGAUUAAUUUGAAAUAAAAAUUAAAUUCUCAUUGACGGCAAUAGUACAUUUGGACGUUGUUGGACUCAGGACAUUGUUUAUCAUCAUUUCUGAGCUUAUUUCAUGAAUAUUAAAUUUAUCAUAGUUUCAUAAGCUUCUGUACUGCAGAGUGUUGCUCAGCUUGCUGCUUUACAUAUUGAUAGCAGUGUUGUUUUCAAUAUAGGUGUGGCUAUUUUGUUACCUGGAGGUCUAUUUUGUACUGUAAAUGACUUGAGGAAAUAAAUAUACCC